AUGUUUCCCGGAAUCUACGUAGCGGCGCGACAGCCUCCCAAGCACCUCCUUGGCUACCCGGGGAACUGCGAAUUCCAGGCGUCGCAAUGCUGCAGUAUAUCUGUCGGUUGUAUGGCGUCUACAGCCGCACAAUGUAUCGAGCUCAUCGUCAUGGCUGCUUGCGUCUGCGAGGGAGGCAGCUACAGAGGCUAUGGCACAUGGCCCCUGAUGCUUCUACAUGCACGGGAUCGUGUGCCGUUUGACUGGACGGCGUCGACGAGCUCUUGUGCUGUGACAGCUCUGCACGCCACGACGUCUCGCAAGUUUGGUGGAUGCCAGCACGGAGAUUACAAGCGCGAGGCGGACCCCUCAGGCCUCAUCCUUCAGCUUGUGUAG